CCCACCCGAAGCGGCCCCGAAGCGGCCCCGGCACCGUGCGGCCCCGGCACCGUGCGGCCCCGCUCGGGGGGGGGGGGGGGGCUGGGUAUUUAUACGGGUCUAUAAUCCCAUUCCCUGCACCCCCAUGGCGGCUCGGAGCGGCCCCGGCCGUCGCGGGCUGCCCGGGCUGGCGGGGAUGUCCCCGGUCACCACGCUGGCGCUGGACAUGGACAACCUGGCGGGACUGGGCAGCCACUGGGACACCCCGAAGCGGCGGGUGGCGGGGCUGUCCUUCCAGAGCCGCUGGUCCAGCCUGUCCUCGGAGUCGGUGGCCUCGGACUCCUCCCGGGACUCCGUCUCCUCCGAGUCCUCGGACGCGGGAGUGGGGCUGGACUCCCCCACGCAGGAGGACCCUGUGGUGCUGGAGGAAGUCUUUGAGAAGGCGAUCCUGGCGUCUGGGAGAGUUCUCAAGGACAAUAAGUUCCUUAUUCGGAGGAUCCACUCGCUGCCGCCGCGGCUCCUGGGGGCCAGCCCGGUCCUGAGGAACAUCUCCCAUGCCCGGGAGUUCAACGGCUGCAGGGCCAGAGAGCAGCAGGGCCGGAGGGAGCCCGAGGACAAGGAGGGGUUUGUCUUCAAGAAGCCGCAGAGGCCGGGUCAGCGCAGCCGACUGCCUGCCGGCGAUGGGGCUGUGGGCAGGGACCCCUUCGCCCAGAGACCUGGCUCCGCACCCAACCUGCUGUUCGACACCCCCGAGAAGGAAAACGUCCCCCAGGGCGAGAGCCCCAUCGUACUGCGCCGGUGCUCCUUGACCUCCUCCAUGUCCGAGGAGGAAGAUGAUGGCUUCAUGGAGAUCCUGGAUGAGGAGGAGAUGAAGAGCGAUGCUGACGUGCCGCAGGGGAUGGAGAACCUGCUGACCGCGCCGCUGGUGAGGAAGGAGGAGACGGAGCCGCGUCCUGCAAAGCGCAGCAAGUGCCGGCAGCUCUUCCGCUCGCCCUCGAUGCCCAGCAGCGUCAUCAGGCCCAUCCUGAAGCGGCUGGACCGGCCCCAGGACCGGGACACCCCCGUCAAGACCAAGCGGCGGAGGAGCGUGGCCGGUACCCCCGGCGAGGAGGCAGCAGAGGAGCCGAAAGCACGGCUGCUGCGCUCCAGGUCCUUCAGCCACGAGGAGAUCGAGAACCUGCUGGCCAACGACCACCGGGAACUCAUCGGGGACUUCUCCAAGGCUUACCUCCUGCAGACGGUGGAGGGGAAGCACCAGGACCUGAAAUACAUUUCCCCCGAAAUGAUGGUGGCGGUGCUGACGGGGCAGUUCAGCAGCCUCAUCGAGAGCUGCGUGAUCGUGGACUGCCGGUACCCCUACGAGUACGAGGGAGGCCACAUCAAGGGUGCUGUCAACCUGCCGAUGGAGCAGGAUGUGGAGGAGUUCCUGCUGAAGAAGCCCAUCGUGCCCUUUGACGCCAGCAAGAGAGUGAUCGUCAUCUUCCACUGCGAGUUCUCCUCCGAGAGGGGGCCCAGGAUGUGCCGGUUCGUCAGGGAGAAGGACCGAGCCUGUAACGAGUACCCCCACCUCCACUACCCCGAGCUCUACGUCUUGAAGGGGGGGUACCGGGAGUUCUUCCCCCAGUACCAGACACACUGCGAGCCCCAGGACUACCGGCCCAUGCACCACGAGGACUUCAAGGAGGACCUGCGCAAAUUCCGCCUCAAGAGCCGCACCUGGGCGGGCGAGCGCAGCAAGAGGGAGCUCUACAGCCGCCUCAAGAACUUCUGAUGGCCCUGGGGCACCCCUGCAGCCCCCCCACCUGCCCUGGGGCACCCCCGCAGCCCCCCACCCCCCCCAGGGCUGCCAGCAGGCACCAUCCCCCAGCCCAAAAUCUGGCUGCCCCCAGCUCUGCACAGCACCGCUGACCUCAGCAGUGGGGGGGCACAGUUAGGGUUUUACUCCACUUUUACCCUAAAAAGGGUUUAAAGUUUUACCUAAAAUGGGAGUGGGGGGGGAGCUUGGGCUUCCACCCACCCUGGGCCAUAAGUCACUGCCACGGGGGGGGGGGGCAGAGCUGUGCUGGCUGCUCCCCCAGCUCUGUGCCCUCCCUGGAGCAGCCAUGGGGGGGGCUCUGGGGCUGGGUGCCCCCGGGGGGGCUGAGGGCACAGAGCUGUUCCAGAAAAGCACUUAAACCCCGGCUGCGGGUGCGGCAGGGCCCCGGCCCUUCUCUGCGGGGGGGGGGGCACCCUGUGGGUGCUCCUUGUAACAGUCACUGACUGCAGCAGCCUGGGCUGGUUUGGGGUUUGUUGGUUGUUGGGGUUUUGCCCUCUUCCCCCUUAUUUAAAGUGGGUUGUUCCGA